UUGGGAAGGAAAGGAAUCGGGUUCGCGAGGGGGAGGAAGGAAGGAAGCACGCUGACGUGUACAUAAACCGCUCGGGGGAAAAUGCAACUCGCCGCCGUCGUCCCCGCGCCGUUCCGAGCCGUCGCGCCCGCCGCCGCCGGUGAGGGCCAGGCUCAGGCCCUGCUCCGCGGGCGCCGCCCGUCGCUCUCCGGGGCGCUUCUGUUCCUUAGCAUCGGCGCCUUCAGCGCCGCCGUCGCCUGCAGGAGCAGGACGGGGUGCGCCUUCUCCCACCGCCGCUUCCCCUUCCUCGGGGUAAGAGGUCUCAGCUCUGCUCGGAUGGAAUCCGCUUCCACCACCGUGCCGUCCAUUGUUGUGUAUGUGACUGUUCCAAACAGGGAAGCAGGGAAGAAGCUAUCUCAAAGCAUCAUCAGUGAGAAACUAGCUGCGUGUGUCAAUAUAGUGCCUGGCAUUGAAUCUGUUUAUUGGUGGGAGGGAAAGGUGCAAACUGAUGCCGAAGAGUUGCUCAUAAUCAAGACUAGAGAAUCUCUUCUAGAUGCCUUGACUGAACAUGUCAAAUCUAACCAUGAAUACGAUGUUCCUGAAGUUAUUGCUCUUCCCAUAACUGGUGGUAACACCAAGUAUCUGGAAUGGAUCAAGAACAGUACAAAGGAAAACUGAGAUGGUUUACAACCUGCUAGCUUGCUUGGGUCUAUGAAUAUGGUUAUACACGAAACCAUAUCUUAAUUCAUAUAAAUUGCUGACAUUGGUCGCAGCUCUACCACCUGCAUUUCUGUGAGGUUGCAAACAAAAUUCACACCGGUAAAAUCUGACUAAAAUUCUCUAGCCUAUCGGCACAUACACACGAGACAGGCACCCGUGACAAUCUUUUGAUGUCACGUACCUUAUUGCACAGAUCGAUCGGAAAAGCUAGUAGAGCACAUCAACAAGAGGACACCACCAUAAUUUCACAAAGGAAAAAAGGAGAAGAAUACAGAGGGAGCUGAGGCUGCAUGCACAAGCUG